AUGUCUACCACCAUCAUCAACGGUACUGCCACAUCGGCCUUUUGGUCAUGUGUUCCCACCACGUCUACUGCCAUCCAGACAGUAUGGACCACUACAUAUGUGACUGAGCUGGUUGCCGCCUGCCCAACCAGCAUGUGGACGGCCACCUACACCAUCGAGGAAACCUGCACCGGCAACCCGGCCAACUACCUGCCUCCGCCCAUUCCUGCUGGCUUUGUCGUUACCACUGUUACGUGCGACUCUUGCGGACCCUCCUCCGAGAUUGUCAUUACCUGCCCUGGCGCCCAGCCGACUGGCGUGCCUCCCACUGUUGUCAUCCAGGGCAACGGUGUUACUGCUGAUAUCACUCCCACUGUCACUGUUACUGCGGCUGCACCAGGUGGAGGCAAUGGCGGUGCUGGUGGUGCCAACCCAACGGGCGCUCCUGGCGGCAAGGGCAACGGUUCUGGCGCAAACGGAUCUGGCUCGGGUCCCAACGGCUCUGGUGCAAACGGCGGUGGCAACGGAGCAGGCUCCAACCCUGGAUCUUCUGGCUCAGGCUCAGGCUCUGGAUCCUCCAACCCACAAGGCUCGGAUAUGGGUGACAUGGGAUCGGGCAACACUGGCUCCGGCUCCGGCUCUGGUACAGGAUCUUCUGGUCCCAUGGGCAUGAGCGGUGCAAACGCUGCUGGAAACGGUACCAGCAGCAGCGGCAGCAAUGGCACCUCGAGCAGCAUGCCAAUUCCGGUCACUGCCGGCGCCGCAUCCUUCAGGAGUGUCCUUGCUGCUUCUGGCCUGGCAGUGAUCGCCAUUGUGCCACUUCUUGCCUUGUAA